AUGCCUCCAGUUACUAUUCUGAAACCUGAAGAUAAAACAUUAAUAAAGAAAGCUCUUCCAUCUAAAAAAGGGAAUAAAAUCUUAAAUGCAACGGUUGCCCGACUUUACGUAGCAUAUCCUGAUGCAAAUGCUUGGACAUAUACCAAAAUCAUGGGAGCGGUAGCUCUUGUCAAGGAUAAUUCAAAGAAUUCGUUCUUUUUUAAAAUUGUUGAUUUAAUGGGAAAUCGCGGUAUUCUAUGGGAACAAGAACUCUAUAAAAAUUUCCAAUAUACUGUUGAACUUCCAUUCUUACAUACUUUUGCCCUUGAUGAUUAUCUUGCUGCUUUCUCCUUUGCUGAUGAACAAGAUGCCAAAAUCUUUCACAAAAAAGUUACAAAUAGGGAAAAGAUUUCUUCAAAGUCUAAUAAGAAAUCUCAAAAAGAAAAUAAGAAUAGUGGUGGCGGAAUUUUUGGCAUCGGCAGGUCUAAGAGUAAAAUUGAUAAAUCAAAAAUUAGUGGACCAACGGAAUUUAGACAUCUUGGACACAUUGGAUAUGAUGAACAGAAAGGAUUUGAUGUGCAAAACAUUGACCCUGAAUGGAAAGGGAUUAUCACUCAAUUAGGAGAGUUGGGUAUCAGCAGUGAAGAAAUAGAAAAAAAUGCCGAUUUCAUUAAUGACUAUCUUAAAAAUAAUAAUCGUAAGCCAGCAAAUCCUCCCGCUAGGAAUGAUCGUAAAUCAAUCAAUCCCCCCGAACCACCAAGUAGACGUAUUGCGCCACAACCACCUACCGCGCAAUCACCCUCCAAAAACAAGAAACCACCACCACCACCAAUACCUCGUAAAUCUCUUUUGGGGCCUACAUCUCCAACUCGUGACUCGCUUCAACCAUCAUCUCCUACGAAUGCAAAACAGCUUUCUAUUUCUCCUCCGGUAUCACCCAGAGUUUCUCCAAGAGUAUCACCAAUUCCUACUUUUCCAACACUAUCUCCGCCUGCCCCACCUACUCUUCCUUCACGUCCUCCUGCUCAACAACCUGUGGUCGCACCUCCACCCCCGCCACCACCUGUUCGUCCUCUUAUUUCUAGUAAUGCUCCGCCACCGAUUCCACCUGCAAGAGUGACCAGUUCCAGUAUCGCACCUCCACCACUUCCACCAACUCUUCCGCCAGCUGUAAAUGGUAGAGCUAAUUUAAUGGAAGCUAUUCGUAAUAGGGGUGGGGUUAGUGGUGGUGGGUUGAAAAAUGUUGGUGAACCUGUUCGUCAAUCAACUAUUACGGAAGACUCAAGCCCAAGCGGAAAUGAUGAUACAAAUUUAGCGAAAACUUUAGCAGAUGCAUUAAAGAAACUUAAUAAAGAUAUGGGAAGUGACGAUUCCGUUUCUCAGGAACCCAUUUCCAAAACCCAAUGGAUAUGGGAAUGA